UUCAGUUUGAGACUUCACUCAAAGAAGAGCUACACUGAAGGCGCCACACAGCAGGUGAGGAACUUCAUUCUCUUUGUAAGGCUAACAGGAGCUGCCAUGCGUAUUCACACUGCAGGAGCUGCACUCUUCAGAUGGUUCAUCUUUCUGAUGGUUUGCUCCCUCUCCUGGUCUCUAUCAUAUGGCCCUCCUGUGUCGGUGAAGGUCGGUUCUCCUGCUCUGCUCACGUGUUCCCGUCCAUGCCGCGGUGAUGUAAAGUGGGCUCUGUCGAAACAGCCAGAGGAGUUACUGGCUGCUUCGUGCAAGAAAGAGAUUUGUGUGGAAGGAGAGGCGUUUAAGAACAGAACAAAGGUUAAGCAGGAUAAUGCGUCUCUCCUGCUGGACCCUGCGGUGUACACUGAUACAGGAUGGUACAUCGGCUACUGCAGUGGGUCAGUGCUGUGUGACGUCCAUCUAGAAGUGUUCGCCCCCAUUACUAUGAGUGCAUCUGUUGGAGAGAAGGUGACUCUGCCCUGCCACACCCGCACUGACAAGAACACUGCCAGGAAUGCUGUCCUGAUUUGGUGGGAAAAGGACAGAAAACUUGUCGUGAAGCUUCAGCACGGCAAACUUUCCUACGGCUCAGGCUUUGAGCAGAGAGCAUCGGUUUCAGCAAGCAGAUAUAAAGAUGGCGAUCUGUCCCUUGAUCUGACCUGGUUCAGGUCAUCUGAUGAGGGAAUAUACCGCUGUUACCAUGGAAACAAAGACCUGGGCUACCCUGAAGCUGUAAUUCUCAAAGAAUCUUCCACAAGACUGGAGCAAACAGUUUGGCCAUGGUGGGUUUCCGCACUGGUCUGGAUUUCAUCCCCUUUACUUGCUGUCUUAUGUGUUGCUCUCUUUUUCUGGGCAUGGCAACAAAAAUUAUCACAGCAGAGAACUGAUGUUAAUUUAAACAUUCCUCCACCAGAGAAUGAGGAAAUCCUUGGUGCUUCACCAUCAAAUAACAAAGGCUGUGUUUACAUACAACGAUUUCUCCCAAUCCGAUUGAACUCAUUCCGAUUAUAGAUCAAGACUGAGGUGUUUAUUCUCACUCUACUCAACAAUCUGAUGGAAAACCUCUAUUUACAUGCUCACUACAAGUAAUCUGAUCCAAAAUGACCUGCAUGCGUAG